GUAUACUAGCCGGAUACCAGUGAUAUGAAGAGCAACUUCGCUUGAACUCAGCAAUUGAGCCAUUCUUUCAGUUCGCAAGCAUAUUCCGUUCAGCUGUGCCACUGUGCAUAUACAUAUUUUUUCUUUCUCCUCGGCCCUAUUCUCUCCUUUCCCUCACUGGGUCUUAUCAUCAUGGGCAGCGCCGAUGGGGUGUGCAAAUCCACUGCUAAUGCAGGAAGUCCUAAAGGAGCAGCUCAAGGUUUGUCCCAACGAGACAUUCAAUCUUGUUCUAUUUUUACUGACCCAUUUCCUAGUCUCUUUCAAUGCCAACUGUCCAGAGGACGAACUAUUUGAUCUGGAGCGCAAUGUAGAAGUUGCGCGGCACGAAGAGGAGCUUCAGAAGUUCCUCUCAUCCACGGAAUGGCCGAAACAAUGGAAAGCCUGGGGUUCCUUGUUUGGCUGCUUCUUCCUCAUGUUCAACUCUUGGGGCCUUGUGAAUGCCUACGGCACAUUUUCAUCUCAUUAUAUGCAACACCUAAUGCCAAAUCGGAACUUACUCCAGCUAAGCACGAUUGGAAGUACCGAGAGCUUCUUGAUUUUGAUCUUCUCCGGCAUCGUUGGUCGCGUGGUCGACGCUGGGAUGGCAAGACAGCUGACUAUCAUUGGAAGCAUAUUUGUCACUAUGGGUAUGCUGUCACUGGCCUUCUGCGCUGGUGACGGCAAAUUCGGACAAGGGAACUUCACCUCGAUUUGGGUUUGCCAGGGUUUGCUUCAAGGGUUAGGAAUGUCUUGCUUCUUUGUGAGCAGCUCGCAAAUCGGAUCCUCUUGGUUCCCUUCCGUACGGAAGUCUUUCGUGGUUGGAGUAGUCGCUUCAGGGGCCUCCAUUGCUGGGUUCGUGUAUCCGAUUCUUACCAAGUUUCUUCUCGGUCCCCUUGGUUGGCGAAACACUAUCCUGUGUGUUUGGGCUGUCGUCUUGGUUACUUGUAUCGUAUCAUGCAUCUUCUGUGUCCCUAACCCACUUCACAUGAAGCGUCGGCCGGAGAAAUGGCAGACAUGGCGUGCGUUCGUUGAUUUGGACGCUUUCCAUCAUCGAGGAUUCAACUGUCUUACAGCUGCGACUUGCUUCAUGUUCUUCGGAUUCUAUGUUGUGUUCUUCAAUCUUGAGGAGUGGGCCGCACUCCACGGUUUCGGCUACAAAGACCAUGUCAUUGGUCUUGACGGCCAGGAUGAGCCCGUUCGACACCCAAAGGCUCUCCGCACUUUCUACCUUCUAAGCAUUAUGAACGGUAGCAGUGCCGUUGGUCGUAUUGGUUCUGCUUACCUUGGCGACAAGAUUCCCACUCCACUUAUUCAUAUGACAGCCACCGGUAUCUGCUCUCUCCUGUGUCUCGUCGGCUGGAUCCAGGUCGACAGCGUAGAAAGCACGAUUGCCUUUGUCGUGUUAUUUGGUGUAUUCUCCGGUUCCGUCAUUGGCCUCCCUCCAGCCAGUAUGGGUUGGAUCCUCGGAAAGCACGCCGAGGGCCAGCGUCGACUAGGACAUUGGGUUGGUUUGAUGUACACGUGCUCCGCAAUCCCCGCAUUUGUUGGACCGAUGAUUGCUGGUGUCCUUGUGUCCUACUUGAGAAUCUUUCUGCCUAUACAGCUAUGGGCCGGCAUUUGUCUUGGAGUGAGCACAGUGUUCAUGUUAGCGGCAUGGCAUUACGGGAGGCAGCAUCAUGAAACGUAUCCCGAUACUCCAGUUGUACCAAAGGGCACGACAUCCACAUCCACUUCUGCUACUGCUUCAUGCGCUCCAAGCGUGUGGGCCGACGAUGAGGAGAAAGAGCAGAAGCCGAGUGAUGGAACUGGUGCAUCCCAGGUGAGAACCAACACAGGGAGGCUCCGAUGA